AUAACUCAAAAGCCUCUCAUCAUCUCUCCCUUUUUCUCCAAAGCCAAGAAACCCCAACACUACUACUACUACAUGCACCUCUCUCAUUGGCUCCCCCAGAAAAACACUUAACUUCCAAACUCAAAUUAAAUUCCUCUCUACACAUUCUAGACAAAUUCAUUUUGUGUAUAAAUCCCAACACAAUCAUUCACAUUCACCAUCCAAAUCUUGACAUAUAAAUCACCAAUUUGUGUCACAAACCAUGGCAUUCAAGAAAAUAAUAAUGUCUACUUCUCCAAAAUCUCUCAUUGUAAAAAUCAAUCUUUUCUUCUUAGCAUUCUUCCUAGUCGUCUACGCCGGCCUCCUCCUCUACCCCUCCGCCUCCGAUUAUCACCAUCGCGCCGCCUCCUUGGUCCGAUGCUCCCUCCUCGAUUGCCACCAUAAGAGCGAAAGUGGGGUUACGAUGAAGGCGGUUCUAGAAGGUUCCGUGGCCGGCGGCAAGGCGAAGCCGAGAAGGGAGCUGAUCAAGAGGGAGAUUCCGAGUUUUUUAAACAAAAUCGGUCGCGGAUUGAAGAUCGGGAUGAUUAACAUGGAGGACGAGGACGUGACGGAGUGGAGAAACUACGGAGAAAUUUUUCCGGCGACGUUCGAUAGGGUUCCGGCGGAAUUCCGGUGGGAGUCGAUUUUUCCGGAGUGGAUCGACGAGGAGGAGGAAUAUUCCGGCGCGAGGUGCCCGGAGAUUCCGAUGCCGGAGUGGGAGGGGUACGGGCACGUGGACGUGGUGGUGGCGAAGGUGCCGUGCCGGAAGCCAGAGGAGGGGUGGAGCCGGGACGUGUUCCGGCUGCAGGUGCAUUUGGCGGCGGCAAACAUGGCGGCAAGGCGGGGGAGGCGGGAUUGGGGCGGGCGGGCGAAGGUGGUGCUGCUGAGCAAGUGCCCGCUGAUGCCGGAGUUUUUCCGGUGCGAGGAGGUGGCGGAGAGGGAGGGGGAGUGGUGGUUCUACCGGCCGGAGAUGCGCCGGUUGGAGCAAAAGGUUUCUUUGCCAGUUGGUUCGUGCGAUUUGGCUCUGCCUCUAUGGGGAAAAGGAGCGAUCAACGAACGAUACGACAUAUCAAAACUCAAAGCCACAACCGUAAAAUCUCAAAAACGAGAGGCUUACGUCACGGUUCUCCAUUCCUCUGAAUCGUAUGUUUGUGGGGCCAUAACCCUGGCCCAGAGCUUGACCCGAACUGGGACUCAACGCGACCUAGUCCUCCUCCUAGACACAUCCAUCUCUGAGCCCACGCGGGUUGCACUGAGGCAAGCUGGGUGGACCCUCCGUUUCAUCAAAAGGAUCCGGAACCCGAGGGCAGAGAAAUAUUCGUACAAUGAAUAUAACUAUAGCAAGUUUCGAUUGUGGCAACUCACUGAUUAUGACAAGGUCAUCUUCAUUGAUGCCGACAUUAUCGUGUUGCGCAACAUUGAUAUCCUCUUCAACUUCCCUCAGAUGUCAGCCACUGGCAAUGACGCCCACAUAUUCAAUUCCGGAAUCAUGGUGAUUGAGCCAUCAAACUGCACAUUCCGAAUGCUGAUGCGGCGGCGCAAGGAGAUAAUCUCGUACAACGGCGGCGACCAAGGCUUCUUAAACGAAAUCUUCGUGUGGUGGCACCGCCUCCCGCGGCGCGUGAACUUCCUCAAAAACUUCUGGUCCAACUCCUCCGUUGAAGCCGGCGUCAAGAACCAGCUGUUCGGGUCGGACCCACCGAAGCUCUACUCGAUCCACUACCUCGGGCUGAAGCCGUGGCUCUGCUACCGAGACUACGACUGCAACUGGGACAUCGCCGACCAGCACGUCUACGCCAGCGACCACGCCCACCGCCGCUGGUGGGAGGUGCACGACGCCAUGCCCGAGCCCCUGCAGCGCUACUGCCGCCUUUCCGACCAGCGGAAGAUCGAGCUCGAGUGGAAUCGGAAGGUCGCCGGAGAAUUAGGGUUCGAGGAUUAUCAUUGGAGGCUCAAUGUUACUGAUCCUAGGAAAUUUAUUUCGUAGACAUUUUUUGUUAUUGACACGUGGCAUGCAUUGAUGAUAAUGAAAUAUUAUUUUAGUGUAAAUUUGUAUUUUUUUUUGUUUAGGGUUUUUUUUAUGUAUUAAUAUAAUUUUUUUUGCAUGGAGAGAAAAGAAGUUAAGGGUGUAUAUGUUGUUUCUCAUAAUUUAAUUAAGUAUUUGUAGAGAAUUAAAA